GAAAGCGCACCAAAAAGCCCGGGUUGCGUUAGAGCAUGGAAGAAAAUGAGGUCGGACGUUGUAGCAGGUUAAAUGUACAAAGCACGUAGUCAAUGUGGAGAGGCAUCUCCCUGAAGGGCACCGCCUGUCUCCUACAGGUGGGAGCCUCCAAAUUUCUCCAUAUAAGACAUUUUCCAUCCCAGUGUUUGCGAUUUUUAUCUCAAGGGGUCCUAAGCAGGCCUCCUGAGCUAUCAUCCAUCCUAAGACCACAAAGUCCAGACUUUUAUCUCUCACACAGGGUGAUCAGGAACUAUAAAAAAGACACUCAAUCCACUCUAGAUAUCCCUCUGAACCCCAUCACAGUCACAGAAAUUAAACAGUAUUUACGUUCUAAGGAUAUUCCCUUCCACGAUGGCUACAGCUGCCUCCAUAUUGCUAGCAUUUUCAUCAAUCCCUCCACCAGGAAGAACAACUUUUCUUUGUUCAUCGACAAAACCACGGGGCGGUUUCUAUGCAAAGACACGCUGGUGGAGGGGAGCUGGGAGGACCUCCAGGACUGUCUGGAGGUGAUGCAGAAGGACGAGCAGGAGUUCCUCAGGCCUAAUGUGCUGCUGGGGUAUUCAGAGAGCAUAGAGGAGCAAGAGGAAAGGGGGAGGGAACUGAAGGAGGUGCAGGCAAUCUGGUCCAGCUCUGUGCCCUUUACAGAUCUACCAGAAGACGAGGCUCAGCUUGUUAAAGCCAUGUUCCAGAUGACAAAGAUCUCUAAUGCAACCAUAAAGAAGUUUGGUGUGAGACUCUUCAAGCCCACCAAGAGUCUGGUAUUGCCCUGGUUUGGUGGCCCUGACUCCUCCUUAAAGGGAAUCAAACUCCUCUCCGCCCAAAUGACCGACACAGAUAAAGUAAUUUAUAAUGAAGCCACCGUCCCAAAGUGUAGCUCCUACUACAACUUGUUUGGUCUCGCCCUUGUGAGCUGUUCAGAUUCAGAGGUGGUGGUGACCGGCUGUGAGUUGGACACUUUGGCUGUGACCCAAGCCACAGGGGUCCCCAGUGUGGCUCUACCUCGUGGGGUUAGCUGCCUUCCUCCAGUCCUGCUGCCCUACCUGGAGCAGUUCAAGCGAGUGACACUGUGGCUGGGAGGUGACAUUCGCUCCUGGGAGGCAUCGAAGAUCUUUUCGCGCAAGCUAGGUCUGAGGAGGUGCUCCCUGGUGCGACCCGGGGAGUUCCACCCAUGUCCAUUAGAGGCUUUGUCCCGUGGCUGCAACUUGAGCCAUAUCAUGAAAGCCUCCAUCCCAGCAGCCCACAAGUCCAUUGUCUCUUUUAAGCAGCUAAGAGAGGAUGUGUAUGGAGAAUUGGUCAACACAGACCAGGUGGCUGGAGUGAAGUGGACCAGGUUUCCAGAACUGAACCGGAUUCUGAAGGGACACCGGAAGGGAGAGCUUACAGUGUUCACAGGUCCCACUGGAAGCGGGAAAACCACCUUCAUCAGUGAACUGGCUUUAGAUCUUUGCAUGCAGGGCGUCAACACAUUGUGGGGCAGCUUUGAGAUCAACAACGUGCGUCUGGCAAAGAUCAUGUUGACACAGUUUGCCAUGCAGAGGCUGGAGGAGAACCUGGAGCGCUACGAUUUCUGGGCUGACAAGUUUGAAGAGCUGCCACUUUACUUUAUGACUUUCCACGGGCAGCAGAACAUCAAGACAGUGCUGGACACCAUGCAGCAUGCAGUUUAUAUGUAUGACAUCAACCAUGUGGUCAUUGAUAACCUGCAGUUCAUGAUGGGACAUGAAAACCUCUCAGUAGACAAGUUUGCUGUCCAGGAUCUCAUAAUCGGAGCGUUCAGGAAGUUUGCCACCAACAGCAGCUGCCACAUAACUCUGAUCAUUCACCCGAGGAAAGAGGAGGAUGAUCGAGAACUGCAAACAGCAUCCAUUUUUGGUUCUGCAAAGGCCAGCCAAGAGGCGGACAACGUCCUCAUUCUGCAGGAGAAGAAGGUGGUGACAUGCCCCGGCCGCAGAUCCCUGCAGGUUACCAAAAACCGCUUUGACGGAGACGUGGGCAUCUUCCCCCUGGACUUCAUCAAAACUUCUCUCACCUUUUCAACUCCCAUGAAAGGCAAACACAAGCUGAAGAAACUUACCGGCAAGUCAGAAACUGGAGAGGACGACCAGGGGAAAGUGGCGCCAUCAAAGAAGGAUGAGGGUAAAAAAGAGAAGGCAAUGAAAAAGGCAACAGUUAAAAACCCUCCGAGUGAAAAUGAAACCAACAAGAAGUGAUUAUGAACACACAGAUUUUUGAUCACGGUUUAGAACUUUAGUCUGAAAGUUCAUAUAAGCCGAGUAUAAAAUCAUAAAGACGAAGCUAAAAUAGAACAACGCGUGACCGAACUGUAGAUUUGUGGGUCAUCACAGAAGGGUGGCAGGAUGUUUGAUCUAGAAUGUGAAUUAAUGUUGCUACCACCAUUAACUGUAACAGUGUUUAAAGCUUUUCUAUCUGAUGCGUUUAUAAUCUUUAAUUGUUGUGUUUAAAAGUUGUUUUGACUGAAACCAGGACAAUAUCGCUGUCUGCUUGUUGUUUCACAAGAAUUACCACUGUGUGUUCUCCACUGACUUUCUAAGAUCACGAUUUAUUAAAAUGAUAAGGUUUUCUAA